AUGUCGUGGCACAGGGGUAAGAUGCUCGACUGGGAGUACCCAGAUCCCAGGUUCGAGUACCCACUUUGCCGGAAUGUAUUUAUUCACUUAAAUAUUAGCGUCUUCAGAUCAUGGCACACUGAACGUUUGUUCAAAAGAACAGAUGUUCAUUCUGGGCUGAACUUUCUGAUUAGAGUAAUGCAGGUAGUGUGUAGUGAACUUGGCUACGGUGAACAUGGCUACGGUGAACAUGGCUACGGUGAACAUGGCUACAGUGAACAUGGCUACAGUGAACAUGGCUACAGUGAACAUGGCUACGGUGAACAUGGCUACAGUGAACAUGGCUACAGUGAACAUGGCUACAGUGAACAUGGCUACGGUGAACAUGGCUACAGUGAACAUGGCUACAGUGAACAUGGCUACAGUGAACAUGGCUACAGUGAACAUGGCUACAGUGAACAUGGCUACAGUGAACAUGGCUACGGUGAACAUGGCUACAGUGAACAUGGCUACAGGGAACAUGGCUACGGUGAACAUGGCUACAGUGAACAUGGCUACAGUGAACAUGGCUACGGUGAACAUGGCUACAGUGAACAUGGCUACAGUGAACAUGGCUACGGUGAACAUGGCUACGGUGAACAUGGCUACAGUGAACAUGGCUACAGUGAACAUGGCUACAGUGAACAUGGCUACAGUGAACAUGGCAACAGUGAACAUGGCUACAGUGAACAUGGCUACGGUGAACAUGGCUACGGUGGGGUGGGGGGUGUGGGGGAAUGGGGCGGAGGAUGUGUAUGGGGGUGGCAGACCUAUAAGGGUAUUUGGGUGAGGCCUGGGCACAGGGGGCGACCCGGGAACCACCGGAUACCCCAUCAAAUAAAUCAAAUAGAACGUGAGCGCUUGGGCAUUCUUUCACCGUGUCAGACAGACAUCAUCACCUGCAUUAUAACAGCCAUUACUAUAAUGAAUCAAUAG